GGUUGGCGUAGAAUGUAAAGAAGUUUUAGUCAGAGAGGGUACAAGACUGGGACCAGUCACUCGAAGGCAAGUUGCAACGAAUGUUCAGCGCAGUGAUCACCGAUUUGCAAAGGUAUCAAGACGAGGAGAGCGACUGAGCGCCGCUUCGUUUGCUUCAGUCUCCUGGCCUUAGUAAGAGUACCAUACCGAGAACUCUUCACUUCCAUAAACAGAAUUACAGACUAUCUGCACGCAGUCUUCUCCAGAACGAUUGCCUUCCACCUCCUGGUUAACGUGCGGGUUCCGGUCGUUUUUUUUUUAUCGACCUAGACACUGUUUGUUUCCGGUCGUUUAUCUUACAAGUUUUUUCGUUAAAUCGCGGUGACGAGAUUGCAACGGUGUCGGCGAUUCCCGAAGGAGUCCAUCUCACUUUGGAUCAGCUGAAGAAAAUUGGCUAAAUUCGGGCAUUUGAGUGCGAUGACAUCCGAUUGAUGAGCGCCAUGGCUUCGAGAUACGCUGUCUUGAUCGCAUUCCUCGUUUGCGUUGCUCAAACCUUGGCUCAAAUUUACACCGGAAAUUCGCCAGUGGCUGCGACGCAAGUACCAGCAGCAUCACCAAAAAAUGAAUUGCUCACGCAGACUGUUUACGGAUUUCUCGACUUCACGACGACCAUUGGAAACACAGUGAUGGUUUUCAGUCCCAACAGUGCUCCUCCUGAGGGAAACAAGCCAGAGAAAACUGUCGUCAAGUCGCAAGCGCAACCGAUUCAAACAAAGCCGGCGGAAAGUUCGAAAAAAGUACCCGACAUCCAGCCCAGCAAAACUCACAAGAGCGAAUCGCGUGAAGAGACGAAAAAACAAGAGGUUAAGGAAACCAAGAUCGUCGUAAACUCGGUUAUCAAACAGAAGGUCGUGAAGAAUUCCGAAGACAACCUGGUGCCGGCGAAACGUGAGAGUGUGAAGACUCGGGUGGACGUUGUUACGAACAGCCCCGUAGUUUCGAGCGUUGUGGAAGUCCGGCCGGUCAACGAGGUGCCAAACGUUGUCAAGAACAAUUUAGCCGAGCCUGAGUACGACUUCCUGUCAAAACAACCGACCCAGAGCGUCGACGAAACUUACAAGCUUAUAAACUUGAGACCAUCUUCGAAACAUCAGGCGAAACCAAGGCCCACGGCUAGACGAUCCAAGGACAACCCAACCGGUUUGGUAACGAAACUGGGAGGCACCAUUGUCAAGGAUGGUUUGACCACCGUCCACGAGACCAACGUCAUAGGUACUUACAUCAAUGGAAAGUACGCCCAGGUACUACAGAGUUCAUCGCGCGUGUUGGGUGGCGUCCAGCAGCCGGAGGGUAAAAUCAGGCCCACCAAUUCCCACAGGAUUUUGAAAACCAUCGGACCUCAGCACGGCAAGCCGAGACCUCAACUCGAGCCGACCCCGACACUUCAGGACGACUCGCCGGGACUUUCGCCCGAAAGCAUCGUCAACGCUCAGUCAGGUACUAACAUAAGGACUUCUCGGCGUCAUUCGAGCAACAAUCAACACCGUCCCAAGUUCCGUAACAACAAGCUUCCCGAGGAUUCCGAGAGCGGUGAACAAAUUUCCACGCAGAGAUCGUCCGGGAAAAAUCGACAAGCGGCCGGAAGACCCGGUUACAGGAACAGAAGUCAAAUCACGACGACGACGACUAGCGAAGCACCAGUAACUCGACGUAGAAACGGUUUCAGGCCAAGUAAUCAGCCCAGUCCUCCAGCGAAGCAGAAUAGAGCGAGAAUCGAGUCGUCAUCCUCAUCAUCGUCGUCUUCGUCAUCGAACAAUUCACCAAAGGUAAAGUUCCCGAGGGCACCAGGCAGGUGGUCAUACAAGACGACCCCUAAACCACGAAUUGCGAUCCGCAAGCAGGUUGAAGAUGACAUCGAGAAGCCCUUGACGCCGGAAGCCAGUGUCCAGGUCCAAGAAGUCGUCGUUGACGAUAAAGAUAACAGACAGAUCCAGAUCAGCCAGAAAAAGAUACAGGAACAAGAAACAACUGUCGAGGACGAGCAGCCUGAGGCCAGAGAAUCCGAGGAUGACGGAGACGCCGUUCAGGAACCGCAAAUCCUUCCGCUUGAAACUAUCAAUGUCGAGAUAUCGACGCCGGCCGAUUUCAACGACGUUUACUUCGAAAUAGCCACCAUCAAAUCGCCGUAUACAUUCCAGGUUGGAACGCAGAGGAACACUCGGUACGUGACGGUGACUUCGACGGUGAAGAAGAGUUUCGCAACGGCGGAAGCAUCGCCGUCGGUAAACCCGUCGGAGCCACUAACGGAGAACAUUCUAGCCAACACUGGCGCGGCGUACGAAACGACUCUUCCCCUGGACUCGUCCGUGGCGACACUUCCGGCGAUAUCCCUCGACCCAGGUCAGGCGACGCCACCGUUGGAGACGAUAACCGAGACCUUCUCGACGACUCAAACGCUCCUCAAGACCCACCUUCUGCCGGUGGUGGCGGAUGGUAACACGACGAAGCUGACUCUGGUCCAGACCUACCACAUCGCCAGGGUGGUAACGGCCACGAAGACGCUGCCGCCGAUGGAGCUGUACCAGUUCAUACCGAGCAAAACUCUCAACGAGUUCAACUCCCGGCUUGACGAGGCUGGAAGCGAGCUUCACCUGGAGCUCGACUUCGGCGACGACGACAGGGACGACGAUGAUAUAUUAAAACGCGUCGCACCCCCGUCCGACUCUGACUCUGACUUGAACCCCUUCCGCCACGGGGAUUCAGCCGGGAAGACCAAGGCUGGUCAGGAGGCUCACCCAUCCCCGAUGGAGCCUCAACUCAGUCCGGAACAAGCCCAGCAGCUCGCUCUGCUCAAGUACUUCGGCCAGCCUCAGCCCCAGGUGAUAACAACCUCGCGGCCAGUCGUCGUCGUCGAGACCCUCUACGAGUCCCACGUUAUCCCGCUCGUCAGCAAGGGCAACACCAUAUUCUCGACCCUCUCGAGGCCCGUCGGUACCGUACCCAAGACCACCUACGAGUACGGCACGUCGACCAUCGCCCCGCUCCUGCCCCAGGUGCCCCAGGUACCCCAGGUACCCCAGGUGCCCCAGCAGCUCUUCCAGCAGCCCCAGCAACAGCAGCCCCAGUUCACCGUGACCACGGCUCCGAUAGUGACUCAGACCCUGGCGACCGUCUCCGACUCCAGGGUGCUCAGACUUACCUUCGGCGCGAAGACAGCCUUCACGACCUUGUUCUCAACGAGGGUCGUCCCCACCGCGGUCACGACCUACGUGACAUCGACAGUCCCUAUCCAGCCGACGGUACCAGCUUUUCCGGGUUAUUUCCCACCCGCGGUUGGAUAUCCGGGUUAUCCGUUCGUCGGUUAGACGAUUAGACGUUGCUUCACGUAUCGUGCGUACAGUUUAGAUCGAAUGUGUGUUUUUUUUCUGUAGGAUCAUUGCCGCGAGAUAUAUAUAUAUAUAAUCAUACGUGUACAUACACGUAUAACUACAUUCGGACCCGAAAGUUAUAAUUAGUGAUCAGGGAUUCUUCCGGUGCUGAGAGACGUGCAUCCAGCGUGGUGAGGAGUUUGCCUAACGCCGUUUCUUAAAUUACCGAUCGACAUCCGCAGUGUCGAUCGAAUCGUUGCGAUUGCUAUACUUUACAGUCUUGAAUAAGAUCUUCGAUCUUAACAACCGUCGUUUAUCUGACCUCGAUUUAUCGAGGCGAGGGAGCGGCCUGGACCGAAGGCGAUUAUUCUCAUCCGCCGUGCACGCAUGCAUGCGAUCCCGCGAACGUGAAUGUUUCAUUAGCAGUGUUAUUAGAGGCGAGGGAACCUAUGCGGAGUAGCCUCGAAAGGCGGAAACGGAGACGGCCGUGUCAUUAUUUGAUUUGAAUAAAUUCUAUUGUCAUUUUUUGACAGGACCAUGCGAGCCACAGCCUUAUGGUAUUUACAUCCGCGUACCGGCGUCCUGAUCAUUACUAUACACGUAGGUGUACAGGCAUAAUUAUUGUUCACUUUUCUUUUUUCAUUUCCGUUCUUUUCUUUUUUACACCUCACUCCAUCGCUGGUCUGCACUCACCUUUGCCACUUCAGUUCUUGCUCUCGUUUAUUCGGCGAGACCUCGAAGUGUAUCAGGCAAUGGCAUCGAUCAACCAGUAAAAAGAAAAUUAUUUCAUCCAUCGUUUCCCACCAUCGCUCCGUAGUUUCGUAACUUUUCUACACGUAUACGUAUGACUUGUAAAUAGAAAUAUGUAUGCAGACGACG